GUGCAACUAGCCCAACUUAUUGUUAUGAAUGUGAAGGUCUCCUCUGGGGUGUAGCUAGACAAGGUCUGCGGUGUACAGAGUGUGGUGUCAAGUGUCAUGACAAGUGCAAACGACUACUGAAUGCAGACUGUCUACAGCGAGCUGCUGAAAAAUCUCUUCGUCAUGGUGCUGUAGAUAAAGCUCAAGCGGCUAUGGAAGCAAUUCGUGCCUUGAUUCAACGCCGUAUAACAGAACGAUCAGAUAUAUUUGAAUUUUUAGCUAGUGUUUUUCAAAUCGAUGUCAAUUCUAAAGUACACUUGAAUGCAUUAGAAUUUGCUCAGAAAAGUAUUGUAGCUGGUGCCAGUCAAUGGUCAGCUAAAAUUGCUAUCACAGUGAAAUCUGCUCAGGGAUUAAUUGGUAAGGAUAAAACUGGACGAAGUGAUCCUUAUGUAACAGUACAAGUUGGUAAAAUGCGUAAACGCACUAAAACUGUCCUACAAGAAUUGAAUCCAACCUGGGAUGAAAAAUUUCUCUUUGAAUGUGACAAUGCUUCAGAACGUAUUAAACUUCGUGUCUGGGAUGAAGACAAUGAUUUAAAGUCUAAAAUCAGACAAAAGUUCACAAGAGAAUCGGAUGAUUUCUUGGGUCAAACAAUUAUUGAAGUGAGAACACUUAGCGGUGAAAUGGAUGUUUGGUAUAAUCUUGAGAAACGAACCGACAAAUCAGCAGUAUCUGGCGCCAUUCGUCUACAGAUCUCUGUUGAAAUAAAAGGUGAAGAACAGAUGGCUUCAUUUCAUGUACAAUAUACAGCACUACAUGGUAGCAUAUUUUGUCAUCUGUGUAAAGAAAAUGAACCAGUGUUUCUGCCUGACCGCACAACUGUGCCACAGUCUCAGAACAGUGGCAGCGAAGCAUGGAAGGUAUACUUUAAUCCAUUAGGACAGGAAAUUGUUGAUGAAUUCGCUAUUCGCUAUGGAAUUGAACCAAUUUUUCAGGCUAUGACACAUUUUGCCUGUUUAACAGCCAAGUAUAAUUGUCCUGGUGUUCCUGCUCAAUUAUCUGUUCUGUUAGCCAACAUAAAUGCCUUUUAUGCGCAUACAACAUCAUCAAACAGUCAAACAGCCAGUGAACGUUUCAGUGCUAGCAAUUUUGGACGUGAGAAAUUUAUUAAACUGUUGGACAAUUUAUACAUUGCUAUAAGGAUUGACCUAUCAAAAUAUCGGACUGUAUUUCCGGCAUCUCAACCAGAAAGAUUAAUUGAUUUGAAAUCCACUGUUGAUUUGCUUACAAGUAUCACAUUUUUCAGACUUAAAGUUCAAGAACUCAGCUCUCCACCGAGAACAGGUCAAAUAUUACGUGAAUGUAUUGAAGCCUGUAUACAAUCCACCUAUCAAUGCCUUUGUGAAAAUGUACACGAUUUAUACGGAAAGAGUUUACAGGCAACAAACACAGAGUCCGGAGUCUCAGAAUGUGGAUCCGAGAAUGCAAGUAGUGGAGCGGGUGGUGGACAGCUGAUAAACGGUGAAUUAGAUCAAAUGGAUGGUAUGCGUUCACUAACCUAUUGGCAUCGUCUUAUCACUCUCGUUGUAUCUGUACUGGAAGACGAUAGGAAGCAUUACGCCCCAGUAUUAAAUCAAUUUCCUCAUGAAAUUAAUCUAGGCGAUAUGUCUGCUGAAAUGGUAUGGAAAUGUCUGUCUGAAGAUCUAGCCAAUGGAUUAGCUCAACAUACACUUGCAGCUAAGUAUUACUUUAAUAGUACAGAAGAAGAUACACUGGAUAGUUUACCACAGAUGGAGAAAUUACGUCAAGCAAAAUUGAAAGCAAUACAACAAGAAAUUGGACUAAGAAGUAGAAUGCCUAAGAUAAAGUCAUCGGAUUAUAUGAAUCUUUGUUUCCGUGUUAAAUGGUUUUACAACACGUAUAUAGCACCUUUGGCAAGGUUUAAAAAUGUUGUCCCUGAAUAUCCACGCUGGUUCGAGGGUCUUGUAUUGAUUUGGUUGUCUGAAAAUGAUGAAGUCUCUGCAAAUUAUCUCAGAAAUGCCUAUGAUCGGGAUAAACAAGACGGUUUCCAGUGUUCCAGUGAACAUGUAUUAUACUCAAAUUCCGUUGUCGAUGUAUUUACUCAGCUGAAUCAAUGCUUUGAUGUGAUUCGUAAACUGGAAUGUCCAGACAAAGAAGUAGAAGGACACUUUUUGCAUAGGUUCUCAUUAACCGUGGAAAAAGUCCUGUUAGCUUAUGCAGAUCGUGUAUUAGCCGAUUUUCCAAUGUAUAAAUCAGAUCAACGUGUUGCAUGUAUCCUAGUGAAUAAUACUCAACAACUUCGAGUACAACUGGAAAAAGUUUAUGAGAAUAUGGCACGUGAAAGUCUUGAAUCGAAUACUCGAGAUCGUCUGAGUGCCCUUCAAGGUCGACUGAAUGAAGUUGUUGAUAAAUUGGCAGUUCAGUUGACAGAUCAAUUUGAAGCUGGUGUACAUUCACAUGCACGAGAAUGUGGUAGGCUAUUACAAAAGUGUAAGCCAUCAUCAAGUAGUUCAGAUAGUUCAGGUGGUCGUGGUGUCAAUAAAGAAGAUGAGGCAAAUGAAUGUUUACAACCCUUAAUGGAUCAUUUCGAGUCGAUUCUCUCUAUCCUGGCAAAUAUUUGUGACAAAACUGUAUUGAAAAGAGUGUUGAAACAACUAUGGAGAGUGACAAUGUGUAAUCUAGAAAAACUCGUAGUCCUACCAGCAGUUACAGAUCAAAAACAACUGGCUAUGGGGUUAAUUCUGAGUGGUAAUACAUCGGCAAAAUUAAUCGGAGGUGCACAAAGCCUAUUGAGUCAUGUUGGGGGUCAAGUUGUACCUGGGAAAAUUUUAUCUGAAGCAACACGUGAAUCUGAGAAAGGUCUUACACCAUAUCAAUGUGAAUUACUCGGUAUGUGUUUGAAUACAAUUCGAGUAUACUUUCAUGCUGGUGGACGUGGAUUGAAACGAUCAUUUCUUGAUCGUAGUCCAGAACUUCAUAGUCUACGACAGGUAUUAGCUCUUUAUUCUCAAGCUACAGAUGAACUAUUGAGAGAUUUUGUAGCUACACAAACUUCACAAGAUUACUUGGCCAAUGAUGAACCAGUUGGAUAUCUAACCCUACAAGUAGAAAUAUUUAAACAUCCUGGUACCGGUGAAUAUAAGGUGAAUGUCAAGAUUCACACAGCUUCUGAUUUGAAUUGGUCACUUGCCUCAGGAAUGUUUCGACCAUAUGUAGAAGUCUUUUUAUUCGGUCCAUUACUGUCAGAUCGUAAGCGUAAAGUGGCGACAAAAUCAAAGUCGGUUACUACAAUGCCUACCUACCAUGAAACAUUUGUAUUUUUCUUAUCAAAUCAAAGUGAUCCUGAAUGGUAUGAAUUACACUUGGCAGUGAAAGAUUAUUGUUUUGGUCGAACAGAUCGUCUUGUCGGUGUCACUGUCUUAUCCUUAUCUAGAGCAUUAAAUCUUGGUGCAACACCGAUUCGACUACCAUUAGGUCGACGAUUGCAUUUUACUGAAACCGGAUGGACAGUGUUAAGAGUUCUAUCACAACGUGUCAAUACAGAUGAUGUGGCCAGGGAAUUUGUCCGGGCUAAAUCAGAAUAUCGAGCUAUUUCAGAGAAUGAUAAUGUGACAUUACAACAAACAGAUGAAUAAAGGCCUAUUUAAUUAAUUAUUAUUAUAUUGCUAACAUUAUGCAUAUAUAUAUAUACAUAUAUAUAUAUAUAUAUAUAUAUAUAUAUAUGCCUACAGAGAUAUUUUUCCAAUGACAGAUUAAAUUACACAGGAAAUCUAUACAAAUCAAGAGAUUAUGUGAAGAGAAAAACACCCAGAGCACCCAGAGUUAUAUAUACCAUUACAGUAUUUUUCACUUUUGUUCCCUUUUACUCCUUCUGAAAUUCGUUAUACUACUUUAUAUUUAUAUUUACAUUUAUACGGACUGCAGACAGUUAGUUCCACACAAACAUACCAUGU